AUGACGGCGACGGCCCAGAGCGAAGAGGGACACGGCCCUGACUAUACAACCUGGAGCAACACCAGCCUUAUUGAGCGCAUAAGUGAACUUGAGCGUCAACUCAACUCCCAGACAACACAGUAUACAGCGCCGACCGGAAAACACCCUGCACCCCCGGCAACCCCGAUCCCCAGCGAUGUUCACGAGCCUGCGAUCCCACUUCUCGAAAACGGUACCGAUGAGCAUGCCUCGAAGAAGAAGCGACUUCACUCGCCGGACACAGACAUCACACACAAACCUGGCAUUCACCGCGCCUCGAAGGCAGAGCGAGAAUUUGACGGUUCGAAAUACACCACCAGGUUUAUUGCUCUGAAGUUUGCUUAUCUGGGUCAACAAUACAAUGGACUUGAGCACACCAAUGGCAAUGUUACACCGCUGCCUACAAUUGAGGAAGUUCUGUGGAAGGCUUUGCGACGUACGAAGUUGAUUCUUCCUCAGACUAGUUCUCCUGCAGACGAGCCAAGUGGCGGUGGGCCGAGAGUGGUGCGGCCCUACUCCAUCUUCUGGGAUGGAUGUGAAUACUCCAAGGCCGGGAGAACUGACCGUGGCGUCAGCGCUUUUGGACAAGUUAUUGGCAUUCGGGUUCGUAGUUUGCGACCCAAGCCGAAGCCUACAACCGCCACAAACGAGGAGAGUGAUGGGAUGCAGGUCGAGGAGACAGCCGCUGAUCAGGAUUGGGAUGAUGUCGCCGAUGAAAUAAACUAUAUACAAGUCCUGAACAGGGUUUUACCCGAAGAUAUUCGGGUACUGGCUUAUUGUCCCAAUCCCCCUCCUGGUUUUGAUGCCCGUUUCUCCUGCCGUGAGCGCCGGUACCGGUAUUUCUUUACCCAGCCUGCGUUCUCGCCCACUCCAGGCCCCUUUGGAUUUGAGAAAGAUAGCAACGGACCCCGUGCCACCAACCGCGAGGGAUGGCUGGACAUUGAAGCUAUGCGCGAAGCAGCGAAAUACUUUGAAGGAACUCAUGACUUCCGAAACUUCUGCAAACUGGAUACCAGCAAGCAGAUCGAGAAUUUCCAACGCAAAAUUCACCGAGCCGACAUUGAGUUCGUGAACCCGAAGAGUAAUCCCUUGGGCUAUGUUGGCCAGGCCGGGUUCCAGCAGCGAGAAGGCUCUGUAUCUGACGUGGACAUGCUGUCCUCGGAGGCGCCUCUAGGAACCACACCUCAAGUCUACACUUUCACUCUGCAUGGAUCUGCAUUCCUGUGGCAUCAGGUCCGGCACAUGGUGGCAAUCCUUUUCCUAGUCGGACAAGGGCUCGAGUCUCCAUCAAUUGUGCCUAAGCUACUAGAUGUGAAGGAGAACCCACGCAAACCGUCAUAUGAGAUGGCCUCCGAUGCACCCCUAGUUCUGUGGGAUACAAUCUUCCCAGACGAGAGCUCUGGAAGUCGCGAGGAUGCUCUCAACUGGGUAUAUGCCGGUGAUGAACGGCUUAACAGAUCUCGAAGUGCUAAAGGCGAUAGCAAGUUUGGCAUGAAGGGUGUUAUUGACGGGCUGUGGUCGGUUUGGAGACAGCGCAAGAUUGAUGAGAUCUUGGCCGGUGCACUGCUGGACCUGACUGUUAGCCAGGGUGAUCUGAGUGUUAUAAAGAACAUGGAAGGCAAGAAUGGAACAGGCAAAAAGAACAGCAGAGGCGCAAAGGUCUGGCUUGGGGAUAACCACGUUCGCGUUGGAGGAAGAUACCAGCCGGUCUGGGAAAAGGAAAGGACGGCGACCGUCGAAGUUCAAAAUGCCAAGUGGCUAGCAGGCAAGCAGCGAAAACUGGCGCUUCAGAAAGAAGCCGAAAACAAGAAAGAGGAAGCAUGA